CUCGUAAAACCAAGAUGACACGCAUAUGUGAUGUUUUAAAACAGGCGUCUUAAGCAAUAUUUUUUUGGAAAUUACACAGUCUGAUAUUUCCAGGGUUGUGAAACCACGAUUAAACGCCUUGCCACCAAGACACAGUCAAUGGUUCAGAGGUUGAGGAGGAAAUGGACUGCUUAUAAGACAAAAACAAAGUGGGACCAAGCGACAUAAUGCUGUGAUGAUGCGGUGAAUUUCAUCAGGGGGAAAAUAUUGCGUUGUAAGCACACAAUCAACUCGACUUAUGAUGGGGUCGAUGUAUAUGAGUGACGUCAUUCUGAAUGAGAACCUAAUAACCACUGGAUACCGGAAGUUCUGGUCGGUAAAGGGCACUGCCACGGGCUAUCAUCGGCGACCGGAAGACGACAUCCGCACCGUCAGACACAGAUCGCGAUCAUGUGGAGCUGUGUACCAUCGGGGACGUCAGGAACUAAAUCGGGGCGCGAAAACCCAGAAACAGGACGAAUUCCUUCCGAGCGCGACACGUGACGGGAUUUUGCGGGAACCCACUGGCCAGAUUCAACGAUUGCCGCACUACAGGGUACCCCAAUUAUCAUCAUCCGGGGAAAACGGGAAUUGUGCAAACGAGAAUAUCCAGGGAAACGGACAAAGGCGUACGGGGUUCGGCGACAGUUCAAUGGUGUUGACAAAUACCGGUGACCACCACGUGACUGACGGGUCACGUGUCACCGGAAUGACGGAUAUUGUUGUGGAUUUAAACCAGGAUAAUUUAGAUCUGACGUGGAAAAAUCUUCUUGGAUCCAGUGCUAAAACGGGAUUCGCCCGCCUUGACACAAAGACGCUGCAGGAGAUAGGCUGGGUGUCCGGUGCCGAGGAGACCAGCGACCGGCGGCUUACCAACGCAGAAGAUAUAUACAAGCUCACAAAGGCGGAGUUCAAGCGCCUGCAGGAUCAGGUUCGUGACGUCAGCCUCAGUAUCAGGAACAAGUUCCGGGCAUCGUCGUACCAGAGUGGUAGCCAUGACACCUCCCAAUCACAGAAGUUGUACCAGCGGGCGACGGAGAAUCCGAGCCAGGUGUACCGCAGUCAACUGGCGGCCAGUCUCCGGGCCUUUCAGCAGAAGCAGUGGCCGCCGCUGAACCACCAGGAGCUCGAGAGCAACUACAUCCGGUGCCGCCCCGUCACGCCGGCGCAUGUUGAAAGACCUUCUACGUCAUGCUCGGUGCGCGCAGGAACGCCGACGUCACGGCUGCUUCGUCCUAAAUCUGUGCCAGCAACGUCGUUGCGCCCCAAGAGCGCCAGCAGCGGCCGCCGCAGCGAGACGCCGUCCGAGGCCCGGCCAGGGAAAUUCGAUACACUGAGUCCUAUGGUCAUAUCGGAGUUGAUGUGCAGAUCCGAGCGACCUUCUUCCGGUUACGACGACGAUAGAUCCCCGGAUGACAAGUCUCCGUUCGUUGAUGAGUUAGCCGCUGAAACUAAGAAACUUGUUGAAAAUGAUGACACCAGUACCACUUCUGGUAUAGAUUCGGGCGCUUCGGAUAACGAAAUAGCGACAUCCGACGAGGACAGUGAAUAUGAGCCGGACAUAGAUAAGGACAUUGUAAUUCCGAACUUGAGUCUACGGCCCGAGAAAUUAGACGCUCUUUAUAUUCCGGAGCCUAAGCGGGGAUGGCAGCAGUACGACUUUGACAUGUCCAACAUCGAUUUGCCACCAUAUGAGUUCGCAAACCCGUUUCCGGAGGGUAUAGAGGAUUUAGACUUGAAACAGAUGGCGCGAUUAAAGUGGAACUGGCGAAACCACGUGCACGUGAAUACAACGCACGACCCGGAUCUUGAAGGGAUUCUUGACCGGCUUGUGGAGUUUGAGAAAUUACAACAAGAUACAAUAGACUGGGAGAAAAAACGCGCUGCUCAGCUUAAACGACAGGCGACGAAGCGGGCCGCCAACGCCAAGCCUGUGAUCAAGGACAAACGAUGCGACUCCAGCUGUCUGCAGGCCACGUGCUUCGGCGACUGUCCAGAAAAGCUUGCCCAACAAUACACGUGCGAGAUGUGUCGCCAAGGUUACUGCACGGGCACCUGUAAGGAAACCAAAUACGAGCAGCGCAUGCGUCAACCUAGGCUCGAAGAGGAACGGCCGGUGACUCCGAAACCUCCAUUCCCGCGUGCGUGUUCUUCCUGUCAGAAGAGACACAACGCAAAAAUGCUAAAUGCAAACAAUCUUGUGUUGGGAACGCAGCGUUUGAAUAACGCGACUUUUACUCGUGGCCAGAGUUCUGCCAAAGCGAAAGAUUUUCGCCCUAAGACGCCCUCGACUUUGUCAAAAGAUGUUCUACGCGAGUUUGAAAAGCUGAACAUGGACCCGGUCCAGCCGCCGCGUCCCACCACCGCCAUAUCCGGUAUCUCCCGACCGCGGAGCCGCAAUAGUGUGUUUCCAGGAAAAAGCUUUAGUUCCCAAAGAAAAUAUUCAAUCACUGACAUCGAUAAAGUGGGAGCGAACAAGAAAAAACGCUCAAGAAGUUCUAGUAAGCCUAAACGCCCCAAAACUGCCGGAUAAUUUUAACACAGGAACAAUACAUUUUAUUUACUUAUAUUGAUAUCUGCAUUUAUUAUUUAUUUACGUUAUUCAAAUAAUGCACUCAAUGUAAAGUUCGUUUUCACAUAUGAAGUACAUGCACUUCAAUUCUCAAGUUUUUAAGGCGUAUAUUUCUAUUGCUUAGCUAUAUGGCGCAAAUUUAUACUUAUUAUUGGACUAAUUUUACAUGGAGAUCUUUUUGUUAAAGUUAUUAUGAAAAGUAUAGUCGCCAGAUUGAACUACUUUCCUACUUAUUGUUUAUUGUUGGAGUGUAUAAUACCUAAAUUUUGUAGAGUAAACACAGGGACACAAAAUCUUCUUUUAUUGAAUUCGAUAAUUUAGAACAGAAAAUUCUUGGCCUAUUUUUAUUCCUAAUGUAUUCAUGAAUAUGCUUAAUCACACAAUUACGAUAUGAAAAUGAAAUAGUCUAAAAGUUGUAAAUAUGCACUCACGCAUCAUUAUUUUAAUUAACUGCGUGAUUAACUAAAUUUUCGUACGUAGAACAGUUCCAGUAUCGCUCCUCUAAUGUUAUUAUCGAAAAGUGCCGCGCAGAUAAUUGCCCCUUUUUGAGGUAACCAAAACAGAAAAGAUGGCCGCCACAGCAAACCGCGAAUUAUUUUCAGAUUGAGGCAAAAUAAUACUAUUAUGGUAGAUCAAAAAUCAAAUACCACAAAUAACAGACAACCUUUUGAUUUUUAGAACUACACGAAUUACGGGUUUCUGUGUAGAAUUUUCUCCUGACAUAUUGCCGUAAACGUCUAAGCGAGGACACGGUCAACUCCGAAGUCUCUGGCAUUCAUUGACAGCUGUCCGGCAGCCAGCGAAAAUUGUUGUUAUGAAAGGCCAUAUUUAUAGAAAGUAUAACACCCUUGGAGUUUCAAGAAAACUUGAACUCUGUUAGAAUCUAUCAUUAUUAAUUUUCAAUGCAUGCAUUUCAAUAGAAACACGCUAAUUUGCAAAACAAGUAUACAAUUUUAGAGAAUACACAUCUUAAGCAAGCAUUAAAUUGACUUAUUUUCUUUAAAACUCGUUCGUUAUAUAUUGAAUAGUCGAAAAAGUUAUAAUGCAAUAGAAAACGAUAAAAUAUAAAAAAUAUGCCUGCCCUGGCGAUGGAACCCGGGAUCUAUAGAAGGAAAAGCUAACUUACUAACAGAAUAACACGCAGGCGUUCACAUAUCAGAUGUAUUCAACACAAUGUCGGUAUACUGGUUACUUGUUCGAUUGUUGAUUAUUAAAAAUAAAGGAAAAUUCAUUGUUUACCAACUUACCUAGUAUGUAGUGUUACUUUGCAGUUUCGAAUAUAUCGGGUACAUUCUCUGUUUUGCAUUUAUGACCAUUUUAAGACAAUUGUUAUUUUGUCAAAUCGUGAACGAGUAAUUUUAAAUUCAAAGACAAUUAAUUUGAUUUUGAAAACUUCAGAUUAUUAUCAAUUUGUUAUUUUAUAUUUAACACAUGCAAAACUAGUUAUGUCCCCGUUCGUUGUGAAUACAAUUGAAAUCUACCGAAACCAAUAAAUACUUAGAACCAUU